AUGAGUUCCAUCAGCGUAGCAGGUGCAGAAUUUUCUUUUGAUGCAUUCAAAGUGCUGAAAACCCAGCAUGCCAAUGAAAACAUCUUUUUUUGCCCCCUGAGCGUCAUUUCAACCCUGGCUAUGGUCUAUCUUGGAGCAAGAGGUACCACUCAGUCUCAGAUGGCAAAGGUUCUCCACUUUGACAACAUUACAGGAAUUGGAGACACUUCUGAUUCCCAGUGUGGCACUUCUGAAUUCCACAAGUCAUUGAAGGACCUUCUCUCAGACAUCAGCAAGCCAAAUGAUUCGUACUCACUCAAGAUUGCUGACAGACUCUAUAUUGAAAAAAAAUACCCUAUUCUUCCGCAAUACUUAGAGUGUGUAAGGCAGUUCUACGAUGCAGAGGUGAAAGAAGUUGACUUCAAAACAGCUACAGAGGAAGCAAGACGAUUCAUUAAUUCCUGGGUGGAGGAAGAGACAAAUGGAGAGAUCCAAGAUUUCCUUGUGUCAGGAGCUGUUGAUCCUGACACUGCGCUGGUUGUUGUGAAUGCCGUUUACUUCAAAGGGAUAUGGAAGUCACCAUUUAAAGAAGAAGACACUCGGGAAGUACCCUUCAAUGUGACAGAGCAAGAAAGCAAACCUGUGCAAAUGAUGUGUCAAAACGGUACGUUCAGAGUGUCAGUGGUGACUUCAGAGAAAAUGAAGAUCCUGGAGCUUCCAUAUGCAAGUGGAGACUUGAGCAUGUUGAUACUGUUGCCUGAUGACAUCUCUGGCCUGGAGCAGAUUGAGAACAAAAUCAGCUUUGAAAAACUUAUGGAAUGGAUCAGUCCUAAUGUGAUGGAAAAGAAGAGAGUGAAAGUGUACCUCCCACGCAUGAAGAUUGAAGAAAAAUAUAACUUCACAUCUGUUUUAAUGACCUUGGGUAUGACUGACCUGUUCAGCCCUUCGGCCAAUCUGUCUGGCAUCUCUUCAGCAGAGAGCCUGAAGGUAUCUGAGGCCAUCCAUGAGGCACGCAUGGAAGUCAAUGAAGAGGGCACCAGUAUGGCUAGCUCUGCGGAUGUGGUGGGAGACAUCAAAUAUUCCCCUGAGAUUGAGGAGUUUAGGGCUGACCACCCCUUCCUUUUCUUGAUCAGAUACAACCCUACCAGCAGCAUCCUGUUCCUUGGUAGAUUCUCUUCUCCUUAA